UCCCUUCAAUGUCCAGUGGACAGCUCCCGCCCCCCACCCCAGCCAUUGAAUUAGCAGUGCCUCUGCUUGGGUUAAAGGACUUCAUUUCCCUAUACUGCCAUAGCAACCAGGAAACAACCUCCAUUCACAAUGAGAAGGAUGGUGACUUGGCCCAGAUUUGCAGAUUCACGCGGCCUGUAGCAGAGCAACCAGGUCUCAGGGACAACAAGGGCUCCGAGAGUACACAGAGAGUACACAGCCUGCUGUCUGAGGAGCCAUACAGUUUGGUUCUUCUCUCCACAAAGACGAACUCUGUCUAAACUGUGUGGCUGGAUGUUACUGUGUUUCUGUAAGAGGGGAAACAUAUUUCAUUAAAGGUCCAAUGUUCAUGGUCUCCUUUGGUAUGCUCUUGAACUUCGGAAACUGAGGUGUGACCAGUUUUAAGCCUUCAAAACCGAGAUGAACCGCCCUUGAGAGGGAGUAGUCAGCAUGCUCACCCUCUCUCUCCUGAGCCGGGGACACGGGAAGUUGGUCCAGAACGGACAGAAGUUGGAAGUCUAUUUUGAACCAGAGGACUAUUUGAACUGGAAGUCCCCAGAAGACUAUGUCCUGGUCAGCAAACCCCAGGAUAGGAACAGUGGUAGCCAUCACUCCUGGAGUCUCUUUCUUCCUAAGACCUUCAGCACAAGAAAGGGGGCGCUGAUCCUGUACUCAGAGGGGCUAGCUGUGUCAGCAUGGACACCCAAAGAGAGGAAAAGAGGUCACAGGAAGAAGCCAGACCUUGAACUACACACGCUUCAAGACCUCAAAGAAGCCAUCUUGGCAUAUGGAAGGAGACAGAGAGAGCAGGACAGAGCCUGGCAACCUUACCUCUACUUCCGAAGCAAGCCAGAGAGCCAGCGCCAACGGCAGAUCCAACCUGGGUAUUCGGCCAAGAGAUACCUCCGAAGCCUUUUGCGGACAUGGCCCCCUGAUACAAUGUAUAGGCUCCGAUGUGCAGGACACAUCAAGGAUUCUGUGCUGCUCCAGGGUAGUCAGCUUGGGGUACCCAGGAAUCUCAGGCCACACCAGGAUCUUUCAGGUGUUCCCCCAAAAUACCAUCUCCGGCCUGUCUUCCCUUCAUUUUGGAUUCAACAGAGACCAUCUUAUGAACAAGACCAACAGGGCCUGGAUGAAGGGGAAGCCGGGACUGAUGUCUGUGUGGACCAGGGCCCUGCUACCCAGCACCACAGCAGUCAAUGGACUUCCCUGACGCCACUCAGGAAGCAGCCAUGGCAGGAAGAUGAAAGCCGGGCCAAGGACACAUUGACAGAGAGCCACCUCGGUGUACACACUUCAGAGGAAAGUCACAAUGAAAUGACACAGCAAGCCUCCAGGAAGGUCCUUGGGCAUGCCCGCAUUGGUCACCCUCCUAGUGACAAAACCCUCGUCACGUUCUACAAUGGUGCCUUCCCAGGUAGAAAAGCAGAUCUCAGUGUCAUAAGCUGGAAGUCUAUGUUGAUCUGAGUGAACCUAAUGCAGAGUUUAUUGGAGAAUACAAGCUUAUC